UUCCCUUCGACCGACCUUCGCUCGAUUUGCAUUAGGCUAGUGCUGCUGCGGACAACGGUCCCGAGUCCCACGGAGAAUGGCAACGCUGAAUGCCGUGGCAAUCGUGGCCAACAUCAUAGUGCCUGGUGCCGGGCUUGUGAUCCAAAACCUACCGCAAAUCGCGUCGUUCUUGGCCGGCAUAAAUGGGAAAUGUGACCAACUGUCGCAGAACGAAGCGCAUUUCAAGCGCGUGAGCGACCGGCUCCACGAACUCUUGACCCAACUGACGGCAAUGGAGGCGAAAGGACAGCUGCCGUCCGUGCAAGUUGUCAAGCGGUACACUGACCUUCUCGACUCGUUCGACGCGUUCCUGACCAAAUACCUCGGGUCCAACUUUUUGGCUCGCCUGCUCACCCAAGAAACCGUGCUCACCAAGAUCACAGUGUUCCACCAGGAGGUCGAUGAGCUGCUGACCGUGCUUAACCUGGCCCACAUCGCGCAAAUGACCGACUGGCGCGCCCAGUACGACGCUGACCAAAAGGACGAAGCCGUCAAGUGGGCAGCGCUUCUCCACUCGAAUCGACUCCUCGUCGAAGAGUGCACGGACUCGCGCAAGCAGCGCGAGGCCAUGCUGCGCCUGCUUCAUGCCUUACAUCACAACAACACAGCAACCGCAGCGUCCCAACAUCAACGGCGGCUCAUAAAGCAAGCGUUCCAAACUCUCCAGCGACUGUCUCACGCGCCGAUCGAGGCGGUCCCGCCAUGGUUUGUGGCCCCCGAAGACGUGAGCAUCAACCAUGCUGCGUUUGCACGAGGCGCCACCGCCAGUGUCUUCCAUGGCGUGUGGCGAUCAUUCACGCCAGUUGUGGUCAAGUGCUUCGAUGCGUCUGUAUCUUGCGAACGAGAGGUCGACCUGUGGUUUAGUCUGCGUCAUCCGCACGUGGUUGGACUGUACGGCGCAUGUCAUGUCGGCGCGACCCGGUUUGCGCUGUGUGAAGUGGCCCACACGAGCCUCGACCAGUAUUUGGCAGAAAACGACGUAAAUCAAGCAGAGCUGGUGCGGUUGCUGUGGGAAGCAAGCCUCGGUGUCCAGUACAUACAGGGUCAAGGCAUCGUCCACGGUGACUUGAAAUGCAACAACUUGGUCGUCACGCACGAUGGCCAUGUCAAGGUGACCGACUUUGGAUGCAGUUUUCACCUCCACAAGGGAGAUCGCCCCCGCGACGACUCGAGCGAUCACCACGCAGGGGGCUUGAGGUGGACGGCGCCGGAGUGUCUCGACGCAGCAGGGAGCAGUCGGACGUUGGCUACCGAUAUAUACGCCCUCGGCAUGUGCUUCAUUGAAGCGGUGACGCGAACAAUUCCCUUUCCAGAUUGCACUUCGGAUCCGAUGGUCCGAGAAGCCAUUCGACGCAACAUGCUGCCAGAUACUAGUCAAGAUGGAGGACCAGAGCUGCAUGCCCUGAUUGUAUCCAUGUGUGCAGGCGACCCAACGGAUCGGCCAUUGAUUCGGGCCAUCGUCGAAUCGCUGCAUGCGAUUCUCGUUUUAGCUCCACAAGCUGCAGUUUGUGCGCAUUGCACGUCGAGUUUGUUGAGCACAGCAGUGUUUUGUCACAACUGUGGCUCGGUCGUCAAGCCCCCACUAGAUCACACCGCUGACGCCGCUGCAGCGCUGGAAAGUCCGAUCUCCCCCGGGUCGCCCCCCAUAAUCCCUGCUCAAUCGCCUGCCGACCCCAUGCGUUCCGGUGACGUUGUCGUGCGGCGAGAAUAUGGCUAUGCCCUUGAGAGCGAAGCCGGGGACGACCCUCCUGCCCACACGACUACGACGACACAAGCGAAACGACAACCCCGACAUUCGAUCCACUUGUCGACAUCCGAUGUUCAAUCGAUGGUCCUAAGUCAAGAUAUUGAAGGUCUCGUCGACUUGCUCGCUCACGGGCGCGCUCCCAUGCAAGAGCGGACACUGCAAGCUCUGCUCAACAUGACAUCCGAGGCACCCAUGCUCGUGGCUGGCGGCGUGAUUGUACCUCUCGUGGCCCUUGUGACCAGAGGGGUGACCCCAACGUGUAAAGAACUGGCGGCAGCCCUGCUGGGUCUGUUGGCCUUUCGCCAACUACCGAUCGCGACUGCAAUUCGAGACCAAGGCGGGGUCGCGGCCCUCAUCAAACUGUUACGUCAAGGCACAUUUGUUCAACGAAGCUUUGCGCUACGAGGGCUGGCAUACAUCACAGAUAUUGACGCAGCGUCGUGCUCGAUGGUGAUGGCAGAGAAUGGGCUUUCGGCAAUCUACGACAUGUUGCGCGGCGGAUCGGAUCGUCUCAAGGAGCAUGCGCUGUGGAUUCUCGCAAACUUGUCGGACGAACUGGAUGGCUUUUCCAUCGACGUGACGGUGCUGCAGCCGGUCGUGGGUGACGUUGAAGGCAUGUCGUACGAUCAACAAGCCCACGCGCUGCGGCUGCUGGCCAACUCGAUGGAAGUCCUUCCAAGGAAACUCACCGAGUUUUUGAUCCCCUUGCUUGUGACCAUGCUGCGGCGCCAUCAGCACGAACAUCACCUUGUGCGGGCACUCGCGAAAGCCGCCGACAUCAGCGACGCGUUUGCGUUGCAAGUGGUCGACGCCGGCGCGGUGCCCCUCCUGUGGACUCUUUACCAACAACAUAGACUCCCCAAUGCGUGUCUCGUAGCCCUCAACAACGUUGCAAUCAACGACGAUUGCCGGUGCCAACUCAGCAGAAACCGUGGGCUCCAUUUGGUGCUGGGAACUCUGACGUCGCCGUCGACGGACCCAGCGCUCCACACUGCCGCCCUGCACUUGUGCUUCAACCUUGCGCUGGAGGCCACGAAUCGCGAAUGGAUUGUCGAGUUGGGAGGAGUUGCAGCUCUUUUGCACGUGAUCCUGGCACGGGACGACUUGGUUCUACUCGGGCUCGAAACCCUCGCGCGUUUGACGCUGAUCUCGUCGAGUGUCGAUUCGUUUGUUCCUGUCGUGGCUUGGGUGGUUCAGCAACUUGUGCGUCGAAGUCGAGACGGCACCGCCUUCGUCGACCUCGCGCUAACGUUGCUGCAAAACACACUGACUUCACGCGGACGAUGCGAAGAAGCAUUCUUGUCGGCAGGCGGGGUCGCCAUUCUCCUGAAGCUGUUGUCCAAAGCCCCGUCCCAUCACGUGGUGGCCGUGCUGGCCAACGUAGCGACUCAAGCCGAGUCUGUGUCGAUGAUGACGCACGAGCCAGAGACCAUGCAUGCCCUUGCGACGUGUGUCGGUUCUUCCGCGACGACGCACCUCGACAAGUUGCACGCCCUUCGUUGCAUUGCGAACGUGACUUUUUUCGAGCCCGGGGCCAUGGUCGGGGUCAAGAGUCGAGGGGUUCCGUUGCUGUUGGACAUAUUAGCCAAACCGAAAGAUCGGUGCACCGACCUCCAAACGUUGUCGCUGGCGGUUGUGCACCACUUGGCCCACCACCCACCAUUCCAAACGAGUCUCACCGACGACGCUGGUGUGGUUCGCAUGCUCAAGCAAUACUCAUCUCAGCGCGACCGUGCAUCCGCAGACGUCGCGCAGGUUACUUUGCGCAUGUUGGGUGUGAGCCCCGCCAUCCAUCCCGCCACUUCCAUAUAUGCGAUCGCAGUGGCCAAAUUGAAGCGCGUUGUGUUUGCGAGCAACCAAGAAGAACAUGACGAGUCGCUGGCGACGGUGCUAUCUCGCCUACAAAACCCCAAGACUCGACGGGCGGCCUUGGACGUCCUCUACCGACAAAUUCCCCACACAUUCAAGCCUGACGAUGUUGUGUUGGUGGAUGGCGCUGUCGAUGCAAUUCUGGCAGCGCUGGCCUCGGCUUCGACGCGACAUUUGGCCCUUCAAGUCGUGGCCUUGAUUGUCGAUCACAGCUGCAGCGACAUCGACCAACGUGCGAUUGGCAUGCUGUUGCCUGCUCUGAUGUACAUUGCCAAACAUGGCAAGUGUGCGACGGAGAGAUCGAUGGCGACUGAAGCCGCCAUGACGUUGGGGUGCCACGGAGAUAGAAAGAGCGCUGUCAUGGACGAAUUGGUCCCAGAGACGACAGGUCUUCUCGACUCGUAGUGCCCACUUGUCCUGUGUUGAUCCGUGAUGCACUUUGAUCCAGUUGAUUCAACACACCCCAAGUCUUCUCACAUUCAUGUACAUAUGGCGCAGAUGUAUCUCGCAAAGAGGUUGACGUCGGAGGCGCACGUUGGCAGGAUGCGGUGUGCCGAGGGUGGGUCACUCUGUCACUCUGUCGGGGCAAGACAAGCAAGUCACGU